AUGAAACCUCAGCAGAAUGGAUCUCUGACUCAGAUGCCCAGCAUGAUUGUUGAAUCACCCUCUUUCCUACCACCUUGGAAAACAUCGACAACCGCAUCGUUACCAGCUGGACCGCUAGUGACGGUCGACUCGCCGCCCUUCCAGUCUGUAAUAAUUGAUUCGCCUUCAUUCCAACAUUCUACAGUCUUCCCCGCUACGUUUUCACCUGGCGCAAGCAGUGACCGCCCGAGCGCUCCUUCAGCUGAUCGCCCCCCGCUUGUCAUGGCUGCCGAGGUGAAAGAGUCGAAACCGGCUGCACAGGCAAACAGUAAAAGUGCCGGAGGACGAGAGAAGAGGGUUUCGAGGUUCAUGGCUGAGAGGAUGUAG